AUGACAGACACGACAGAUGAUAUAGUAGAAGAUAUCUCAUUCCAAACCUUUGAAGAUGACUGUAGGCUACUUGCCAAUCUCUUCAACGAUGUCUUGCAGCGUGAGGUCGGAACCAAGUUCAUUGAGAUGCUCGACAAAAUCCGUGUCCUUGCACAGAGUGGUUGUAACAUGAGACAAGCAGGGAUUGAGGACAUGGCAGAGUUGCUAGAGAAACAAUUGGCUUCAAAGUUGUCCAAGUUGUCAUUGGACGAAGCUCUCACCAUCGCACGUGCAUUAAGCCAUUAUCUUACUUUGAUGGGUAUAGCUGAGACCCGUCACAGGCUUCGUAAGGGAAACACAGCACUUGUUGCAAAAUCUUGUGAUGACAUCUUUAACCAAUUGGUGCAAGGUGGAGUUACUCCAGAUGAGCUUUAUAACACAGUUUGCAAGCAGGAGGUUGAAAUCGUUCUUACAGCUCAUCCUACACAAAUUAAUCGUCGCACUUUACAAUACAAACACAUUAAAAUUGCUCAUCUUUUGGACUAUAAUGCUCAACUUGAUCUUAGCACUGAAGAUCGAGAAAUGGUGAUUGAAGAUCUGGUGAGAGAGAUAACUUCAAUUUGGCAAACAGAUGAGCUUAGGCGCCAAAAGCCUACACCAGUUGACGAAGCUAGGGCUGGAUUGAAUAUUGUGCAUCAAUCACUUUGGAAAGCUAUUCCCCGUUAUUUACGACGAGUUAGCAAUGCUCUAAAGAAGCAUACAGGAAAACCACUUCCGUUGACAUGUACUCCCAUAAGAUUUGGAUCUUGGAUGGGAGGUGACAGAGAUGGAAACCCAAAUGUGACAGCAAAGGUAACAAAGGAUGUUUCAGUUUUAUCUAAAUGGAUGGCAAUUGAUCUCUAUAUACAAGAAGUGGAUAGCUUGAGAUUUGAGCUAUCCAUGAAUAGGUGCAGUGAUAAGUUGUUGAAACUAGCUCGUGAAAUUGUAGGAGAUGCAAAUAAUGAGAAUCAUCGUGAGCAUCGAUCUCAACCUACGAGCAGAAGUCAAUCAAAACAACCUAAUCAACAGGCUUCUUCUCUUCCAACUCACCUUCCUGCUACAGCUCAUUUACCCACUUUUGCUGCACAUGGUGAAUCUCACCAUCCCAGACUAGACAUGCCAGGACGUGAUCCAAAGCAACCCAAGAACAAGGCCAGCGAGGUUUCAUGUCCGACGACAUCUAAGAAAGACGGUCAAAGUACUAAAUCAGAAACAAUGCAACGCUCUCCUUCGUUCAACUCUUCUAGUCAACUCCUUGCACAGAGGAAGCUCUUUGCAGAAUCCCAAAUAGGAAGAUCAAGCUUUCAAAAACUUUUGGAGCCAAAGCCUUCUGAUGGUCCUGGAUUUGCUCCUUAUAGAGUUGUACUUGGACAUGUAAAAGAUAAGCUUCAAAGAAGUCAAAGUCGGCUAGAGUUUCUUCUAGAGGAUUGUCCAUGUGAGCAAAAUCCAUCUGAUUUUUAUGAAACAACAGAACAGCUUUUGGAACCUCUGCUCCUCUGUUAUGAAUCUCUGCAAUCAUGUGGAUCUACAGUGCUAGCAGAUGGUCGAUUAGCUGACUUAAUUCGAAGAGUUUCUACCUUUGGAAUGAUGUUAAUGAAGCUUGAUUUGCGUCAGGAAUCUACUAGACAUUCUGAAACAGUUGAUGCAAUUACCAAGUACUUGGGAAUGGGUACAUACAGUGAGUGGAAUGAAGAGAAGAAAUUGGACUUCUUAACCAAAGAGUUGAAAGGGAAAAGACCAUUGGUUCCUCCUAGUAUACAGGUUGCGCCUGAUGUUCAAGAAGUCUUAGAUACCUUUCGUGUUGCUGCUGAGUUGGGAAGUGAUUCACUUGGUGCCUAUGUGAUCUCUAUGGCUUCAAAUGCAAGUGAUGUCCUUGCAGUAGAGCUUUUACAAAAGGAAGCACGACUUGCUGUCCAUGGGGAGAAGGGAAGUCCAUGUCCCGGUGGAACGCUACGCGUCGUUCCGCUAUUUGAAACUGUGAAGGACCUGAGGGGGGCUGGUUCAGUUAUUCGAAAACUUCUAUCAAUAGAUUGGUAUCGGCAACACGUCAUUAAGAACCAUAACGGGCACCAAGAGGUCAUGGUUGGAUAUUCUGAUUCUGGCAAAGAUGCUGGGCGCUUUACUGCUGCUUGGGAACUUUAUAAAGCUCAGGAGGAUGUUGUAGCCGCUUGCCAUGAAUAUGGUAUUAAAGUUACUCUGUUCCAUGGCCGUGGAGGCACUAUUGGUCGUGGUGGUGGCCCAACGUAUCUAGCUAUUCAGUCCCAACCACCAGGCUCUGUGAUGGGAACCCUUCGUUCCACUGAACAAGGAGAGAUGAUCCAAGCCAAGUUUGGGUUGCCAGACACAGCUAUUAGACAACUUGAAAUAUAUACAACAGCUGUGUUACUUGCUACACUUCGUCCACCUCUUCCACCUCGAGAAGAAAAAUGGCGAAGUUUAAUGGAAGACAUUUCAAAAAUAAGCUGUCAGAGUUACCGUAGUGUAGUUUAUGAGAAUCCAGAAUUCCUUUCUUAUUUCAAUGAAGCCACGCCGCAAGCAGAGCUUGGCUUCCUUAACAUAGGUAGUCGCCCUGCGAGACGAAAGAGUACAACAGGAAUUGGACACCUUCGAGCCAUACCAUGGGUUUUUGCAUGGACCCAAACCAGGUUUGUUCUUCCAGCUUGGCUUGGAGUUGGUGCCGGUUUACAAGGUGCUUGUGAGAAAGGGCACACUGAGGAGCUAAAAGCCAUGUACAAAGAGUGGCCUUUCUUUCAAAGUACCAUAGACCUAAUUGAGAUGAUUUUGGGAAAAACAGACAUUUAUAUUACCAAACACUAUGAUGAUGUUCUUGUGUCUGAGAAGCGAAAAGAUCUCGGCCGUCAACUAAGGAAUGAACUCAUAACCACCGGGAAAUUUAUACUAGUGAUUAGUGGGCAUGGGAAAAUUCAACAGAACAACAGGAUCUUGAGGAGGCUUAUUGAGAGCAGACUUCCCUUCCUAAAUCCAAUGAACAUGUUACAAGUAGAGAUACUUAAGAGGUUAAGAAGUGAUGAUGACAAUACCAAAGCUAGAGAUGCUUUGCUCAUAACCAUAAAUGGUAUUGCUGCUGGGAUGAGGAAUACAGGAUGACUUAACUUAUCAACAACUA